ACUUAACAGUCAGGGAUUUAAUAUCCAUGAAAGUGUGGAAUUCUUAUUGUCAGGCAGGCAGGCUUGACUGUGAUUGGCCAAGUCAAACUGUGUAAUUUCCUCCAUCGUCUACCCUACUACCCCAGUACCCACCCACCCCACCCCACCCCCAAAACCCAAUUCUCAGAUUCAUUUCUCUGAUAAUCCGUCCUCCAUUUUUUCCGGCGAGCACCACAAAUAGAGGAUUUUCUCGAUGGCUGUGCAAUGGCUUUUGGUGUGCCACGGAUUGAUAACACUGUUGGUAAUGGUAUCAUUCCUCUGCGGACAGUGGCCGAUUUUCCAGGGCACCUUCAUUCAGCGCAUCCACUCCUUCAUCACUUUCGGCGCAUACGAUUAUUUACGACGGUUCGUUCAUUUAGCGUGCGGGUCUAGAGGUACCGAUGCGCUUUACUCUGUUGAGUACUAUUGUUGCGAUCGCCCCAAUCCAAUUAUUCAGGUGUUAUAUUUGUUAAUAAUUGGAGGAACUUAUUACUUCAUCGUACAGUCAUCCUUCGGCUACAUUCCGGGUUAUUACUUAAGUGCAGUGCACAGGUACACGAGCUUCUUGGCAGUUGGAGUGGGUAUUCUACUCUUUCUGUUGACUAGCUUUUCUGAUCCAGGGGUUGUGAAUUCUGCCAAUGUUUCUCAAUACCUUUCUGCUUAUCCAUAUGACAACAUUAUCUUCUCAGAGAAAGAAUGUUCUACCUGCAAGAUCCCCAAGCCUGCUAGGUCAAAGCACUGCAGCAUAUGUGAUCGCUGUGUUGCUCGGUUUGACCAUCAUUGUGCAUGGAUGAACAACUGCAUUGGAGAGAGAAAUACAAGAUACUUCAUGGCUUUUAUCAUUUGGCAUUUUCUCAUUUGCAUGUAUGGAAUUGUUGCACUUGCAUUAAUUCUCGCUGGUAGGAUGAAAGAAUUACAAGUUAUCCACAUUCUAACAGAUUAUUACGGCAUUGAAAAUUCUUUCAGAAAGUUGGCCCCACUUGUUCUACAGUGGUUGUCGAACUCAUAUAACACGCAAAUCCUUAUUAUGGUGUUCUUGGCCGUAGUUUCUCUGCUCUUAGGUGGCUUCUUCACAUACCAUGCUAAACUCUGUCUCACGAACACUACCACAAACGAGAGUUUUAAAUGGCAAGAGCAGCUGAGCUGGCAAAGGAAGGUAAACGAGGCAAAGGCAAGUGCAGAAGCUUUGAAAGCUAGUUUAGGUGAACUAGAUCAAGAAAAUAAGCCUCGGGAGAGUAAAUGGCGAACGUUUUUCAGAAGAUCUCGUCUGCAAGAACUUGAAUUAGUCAAGAAUAACAUAUACGAUAAGGGCUUUCUACACAAUAUUUACGAGGUUGCCAUUCCCUUCUCAACGAGGCGGUCAUUUUUAGUAAACAAACCGAAAUCAGGUUAAGGUGCCUCCCUCGUGGUUACGAAUAUCAAACUAAAUCGAAACCUCACUUACACUACUAGGUUAGUUUUGUAGUCUGCAUUCGUUCCUCCAUUUUUGUGGUGCUCUGAUAUGAUUGAUUAUUCUUGAUUUGUCCAAAUAUGUAAAUUUGUAUCAGUGGACUUAGAAUUUUUCCCAAACAGUUUUGUACAUGGAUUUGUAGCCAUAAUAAUUCUUGAUUGUUUCUUUUAUGAAUAUUAAAAAU